AUGGUGGAGUUCAGCAUCUGCCCGGAUGCGCAGCCUUGCCCCCGGCCGACGGAGUGCUGGCCCCAGGACUGCCAGUGGGGCGAGUGGCGCGACUGGGAGAACGAUGGCGUCUCGGGCCUUUGCUUCAGGAAGAGGCACUUCAGCCCCAGCGUGUGCGGCGGGGUGCAAUGCCUUGGCCUCACCAAAGACAGCAUGGAUUGCGACAUCACAGUGCAUCCGCCAGAGCCGUGUGAGUUUGGCCCCUGGGGCGAAUGGAGUGCCUGCGAUGCUCAGAGCUUGCAGAUGUCCCGGCAGCGGGCGGUGGCGAAGGAGCCCCAAUUCGGCGGCGAUGCCUGCGAGGGCCCGCUGGUCCUCACGGAGCCCUGUGGCAACCGGAUCAUCCCGGUGCCUUGCAUCUUGGGCGACUGGAUGGAGUGGUCCGGCUGCAGCAGAGAGUGCGGUGGCGGGCAGCAGACGCAGGUGCGAGCCAUUACCCAGAAGGCGGCUGCCGGAGGAAAGCUGUGCGAGGGGGAGGACGGCAGGGCUUUGGUCCUCCAGAAGACCCAGCCAUGCAACGUGGGCAUCACCUGCGGGGGCGAGCCGGUGCCGCAGGACUGCUUGGUGAGCGAGUGGAGCGAAUGGUCCGCCUGUGACCCCGACGUGCCGAAGCGCGCGCGGCAGCGCUACCGCACCCGCUCCAUCGCGGUGCCAGGGAAGUGGGGUGGCUCUGCUUGCUCCUCCAGCCUGUCAGAGACGCAGGGCUGUGAGGAGUCAGAGUACCUCCCGCCCGUGGAUUGCAGGUUGUCCUCCUGGAGCGCCUGGAACCUGUGCGACAAGACCUGCCAGGGAGGGCAGACCUUCCGGCACCGCACGGUGGAGGUGCCAGGAGAACAUGGCGGCCGUCCCUGCCAGGAUGCCUUGAACGAGACGCAGCCCUGCAACGAGUUCCCAUGCCUGGUGGACCCCUUGGCGAGGGACUGUCAGAUGUCGCUCUGGACCGAGUGGAGCGGCUGCAGCACCACCUGCGGUGAGGGCGUGAAGCACCGGGACCGGGCAGUGCUCGCUCCGCCGCUGGAGGGAGGUGUGGGGUGCAGCGCGAGCUUGCAGCAGGUGACCGGCUGCUUCGACAAUCCGAGCUGUGACGCCCACGACUGCGAGUGGGGCAGCUGGACGGAGUGGUCGUCAUGCACCAAGACCUGCGAUGGCGGGCAGAAGAGUCGCAACCGUACCAUCUUCAACGAGCCUUCGAAGAGCGGCGCGGCCUGCAAGGCCUUGAGCAGUGUGAACGAGAUCGCCAGCUGCGGAACUGAGCCCUGCUCUACAGCCAGCUGCAAGGACGGCGUGUGGCACGACUGGGGCGAGUGGGGCCAAUGCUCCAGGGCCUGCGCCGGCGGAGUGAGCUGGCGCCACCGGAAGGUCGCCGAAGAGGCCUCCUCCUGCGGCACGCCGGCAGUGGGCCCGGCCAUGGAGCUGAAGCAGUGCAACAAGUGGCCCUGUGAGGAAGACCGGGACUGCACCAUGAGCACUUGGACCUCGUGGGGCGAGUGCUCUGCCAGCUGCUAUGGCCAGCAGACGCGGGAGAGGAAGAUCGAGCACCAGGGCAGCGGGGCCGGCUUCUGGUGUGUGAAUCCGGAUUUCUCGCCGGCGCCACUGGAGCAGUCGCGGCCAUGCAACGGCCCCCAGGAAUCCGACGAGGCCUUGGACAAGGCGUGCGGCUUUGGAGAAGUUCAGGACUGCCUUGUUGGCACCUGGUCCAUUUGGUCGGUGUGUUCGGCAAGCUGUGGUGGUGGCCACCAGAAGCGGACGCGGGGUGUGCUGCGGCCUGCCAAGUUGGGCGGUGCGCCAUGCGAGGACGACCUCGAGGAGGUGCAGGGCUGCGGGGACACGGGCUGCGGCAUGGCCAUGGACUGCGAGUGGGAGGACUGGGACGAGUGGGGCGCCUGUACCCACUGCGCCGGCGAGAAGAUCCGCGUGCGGGAGAUCCGGCACCUGGGCAACGAGCUGGGCACCUCCUGUGCCGCCUCCAGCUCCCGAGAGGUGGCUCAAUGCAACGAGUGCCCCAAGCAGACGAAAUGGUGCGUCUGGGCCUCCUGGGAGGACGGGUCUUGUUCGGCCACCUGUGGCACCGGCGGCCGUCUGGAGCGCAAGCGCAUGCUGCAGACACUGAGCGCCCCGCCUUCCAACCCCCUGGAUGCCGUUGGCAACGUCACCGGCGCGGGCGCCAGCUGCGAAGCCUACGAGGUGGAGUACACGGAAUGCAAAGACGUGCCUCUGGAGUGUAGCUCCUGCGUGCCCGAGGACUGUCUCUUUGGUGAUUGGGAGGAGUGGGCGCAACCGACCACAUGUGACGGCGUGUGCACGCGGAAGCGCCAGAUCAAGAGGUUGCAGAACGACUGCGGGAAGGCGUGCAAUGGCAACUUGGAGGAGACCAAGCCGUGCAUCCUUGCGGAGUGUGCUGGCAAGCAGGACUGCGUCUUCUCGCACUGGUCGGCCUGGGCGGGAUGCAGCGACACCAGCAGCCAACAGACGCGGGUGCGAGAGAUCGCCACCCAGAACGGGCCUUUUGGUGAGCCCUGCGACGGAGCUCAGAAGCAGACACAGCCCUGUGAGGUCGAGGAGCACGUGCGCGACUGCCGGCUCUCUCACUGGAGCGAGUGGGGUGAGUGCUCCAAGUCUUGCGGCGGGGGGCAGAUGGAGAUGUCCCGCGAGGUCCUGGAGCACGCGCUGCACGGCGGCGCGGCCUGUACUGGGCCCACCAAGCUCACCAAGUCUUGCAACAUGGAGAUGUGCAGCGUGGGUCCCAACCCCCACGACUGCCUUCUGGGCGACUGGUCGGAGUGGCGUGGCUGCGACGAGGGCUCGCAGGCCCUCCGCACCCGGAGCCCGGUGCGGGAGGCCUCGGCGGGCGGCUCGCCAUGCAGCGGCGCCACCAAGGAAGCAGGAGAGUGUCCUGCGGCGGCGGCCCGGGACUGUGCCUUCUCCGACUGGGGCGACUGGGGCUCCUGCGGCGCCACCUGCGGCGGCGGCCAGCGCUUCCGCACCCGAGAGGUCAAGGACGAGGCGGAGCCGGGGGGCAAGCCUUGCGAGGGCGACACCCACGAGACGGAGACCUGCAACGAGGAGGUGUCGUGCGAUGUAGCAGCGGACUGCGUCAUCUCUCACUGGAGCAUGUGGUCUCAGUGCUCUGUCUCUUGCGGCCAGGGUCUCUACGCGCGCGAGAGGAAGGUUCUGCAGGCCGCCCAGCCGGCGGGCCGCGGCUGCAACGUGGUGCUCUGGGAGGUGCACGGCUGCAUGGGGGCCUCCACCAAUUCCACCUGUGGCGACGAUGUGGACUGCCAGUGGGGACGUUGGGGCGACUGGUCCGAGUGCAAGGAGGCGGAAUAUUGCGGCCUGGGCUACCGCUCGAGGUCCCGCAGCAUUGCAGUGCCACCGAAGGGCUCCGGGGCCAAGUGCGACCCUCUGCCACAAGAGGAGGUGGAGUCGGAUUUGAGCUGCGCGAAGAGCUGCACGCCCUCCGGGGCCUGCGUGGAUGCCGAGUGGAGCGAGUGGUCCAGCUGGGGCUCGUGCAGCGUCACCUGCGGCCGCGGCGGCACACGCAAACGCUACCGGCAAGAGAAGGUCGAGGCGAACCAUUGCGGCUACCCCGCGCCCGGUGACAGUGUGGAGUACGAGCCCUGCGACGCCAGUGCGGAAUGCGAGAGUCAGCUGGGAGCCCAGGAUUGCGAGUUCGGCGGAUGGUCCUCCUGGGAGGAGUGCAGCGCCAGCUGCAACGGGAACCGGAAGCGCACCCGGGCCAUUGCGCAGUACGGCGCCUACGGAGGGAAGCCCUGCGUCGGCUCUAUUGGGGAGAGCCAGAGGUGCAACCCCAGCCCGGAGGAUCACGCCCCGCCCAUGGGUUGCAUCAGCGGGGCACCCGUGGAUUGCGUGCAGUGGCCCCCCAGCGAGUGGUCCAGCUGCUCCACCACCUGCGGCGUGGGCCAUCAGGUGCGGCACCGGCAAGUGGCGGUGCAGCCCGCCUUCGGCGGCAAGGCGUGCCAGUACCCGCUGGAGGAGGUCCAGCAGUGCCAAGCGGGCCUGGAGUGCGAGAUCCUCGAGAGGGACUGCCUGCUCAGCGACUGGGAGGACUGGCACGGCUGCGAGCCCUUUGCGGCGCAGCAGUCGCGGCAUAGGCACGUGAAGCAGUCCCAGGCAGGCCUCGGGAAGGCGUGCCACGGCAACCUCACGGAGACGCAGGCCUGCUCCCGGCUAUGCGAGGACAAGACCUACUACUGCAGCUGGGGCCAGUGGGCGGAAUGGACCUCCUGCUCCCAGAGCUGCGGCACAAGAGGCCGCCGGCACCGGCGCCGGUCCCUGGAGCUGGCGGAAGCCACGGCCAAAGCGAAGUCAGGCGCGAGGGCCAAGCCGGCGGAGCUGGCGGAGAAGUUCCAGCUGAUCAGCCAGCUGAAAGCCGCCUCGGGGCGCCGGCACCUGGACCUGGCCGCCUCCUUCGUCGCCGGCAUGGCCGUCUUCGGGUCCUUCGCGGGCGUGGGCGCCCGGGCGACACGCGAGCGCCCCGAGGCAGCGAUCCCUGCUGCGGCCGCCCGGGGCUGGCUACCUGGUUUGCAGGUUCCGCUGUGGUGGGAGUUUGGCUUGAGGCUGACCAGGCCUGAGAUCUUCUGCGCUUUGAUGCGCUUUGAGGCGGAAACGAGUUGCAGCUUUCUGAUCGCUGCCAAACCCCAGCUGAUCUUCGGGGAUCCCAUCUCGCCCUGGAUGCAGGCGGAGUUUCGGGGCGUGAAGGACACGGCCCACGUGCACCAGUCCGCGAGCCUGCGGCGGCCGGGGGGCAACACCUUCACCUUCACGCCUCCGCAGGACCUGCGGCUGCCUACCGAGGUAAGCCCAAGUGCCAGGCCGGCGGAGUCCCGGCCGGUGCUGAGCCCUUCCUCGGGCUCGCCGCGCGACCGCGGCCCAACCAGCGCAGCCAGCGCAGCCGUAGCUCCUAUCACCGGGCCGUCUCGCCAUGUGCUACCAGCAGCAGUUAACCCGCAGAGCAAGCCCACGCUCUCCGCGUCGCUGCGUGACGCUGCCCCGCCUGCCAACAAGCGCCGGAUUUCCCUGCGAUACCAGCAGGAGGACAAUCCGCGGAAUGACUUGCUGACGCUGGCGGGUGGCCAGGGCAACCCGGUGGUGAUCCAGAUGAUCGCGCAGGGCGGCAGGGCGGAGCAGGCCGGCGUGAAGCCAGGCGCGGUGAUCCUCUCCAUCAACGGCACGAUGGCCUUCCGGAACUACCCCGCAUGGCAGGUCCGGGCGCUGAUCCAGCCCCCCGCGACGGUGGAGGUUGAGCAGGAGACCAUCAUCUCCCCGGCCUCCCCGAGGUGCAAGGAGAUCCGGCUCACCCGGAAGAGCGAGCUGCAGCUGGGCAUCGCGCCCCGCGGGGGCGCGUGGCACGCCAAGGACAGCGUGAUGCUGGCCGAAGAGGUGGUGUUCCAGCCUCGCACCGCGCCCUUGUGGCUGAGCUCCGUCGACCGACUUGAAGGUCACGUGGAGCGCCCGCCCAGCCCUGGGCUCUACGAGCUGCGCCGGCCCGAAGCGCACCGACUAGUGAGCAAUGCGGUGCGCAACGCCUGGGCUUCGGCCUCCAAGCAGGCGGAGCACACGGCGCAUUUGCCGCGAGGCUCGCGUGCUCGGAGCAGCUCGCCGUUCUGUGGCUUAGACGAGUGCAUGCAGUGGAACACCUCCUGGAAGUGGGAUCCAGGAGCCGUGCCUGGCGCCGCUUACGGGAGCUCAGGCCCGCCGCGCAGCCCAAGAGCUCCGGAGGCAACCCGGCCGAUGGCGCCGCAGCUGCCGCUGUCGAGCAGAGGCCAGAAUGGCGAUGCCAGCCCCUUGAGAUGGGUGAGCCCGGUCUUCGCGCCCCUUUUCGCGCGUGCGAGGAGGUCCUUUUUGCCGGGGGCAAGUUCUGGUGACGAGGCGCAGGCUUACACCAAUAGCUGCAGCCCUCGCUCGGAGCAGAGAGGCCCCCGCAGCCCCAGCGCGUCCCCACGGAAUCGCUGCAGCAGCCCGAAGCCGGAGCGCGCACGAGGUGACACCAAAGAGGUCAUCGACCGCGAGUUCGCGUGGGGAUUGGACCCGGACCUGGACGAGAGGGGAGGUAUGUUGCUGCAGCACCAGCUUUGA